AUACGCGGUUCAAAUGCGAACGAGACCAUUCAUCCGGGUCUUUCGCCUUGUCUUUGCUAGCACAACAUAAGGAAUAUGGCGGAGGCCUCACUGGGCAGCUCAAGCAGUCCACCUGGAGAAGGAGCCGGUGGCGCAGGUGGAGCUGCUGCUAGUGGUAAUGUUGGAGGUGGUGGUAGUGGUGGUGGUGCAGGAUCAGAUGACCAAGACUUCGACCCGACCGCCGAGAUGCUCAUCCACGACUACGACGACGAGCGCACCCUGGAGGAAGAGGAGAUGCUGGAGGGGGAGACCAACUUCACCGCAGAGAUAGACGACCUCGCCAGGGAGGGUGAGAUGCCUAUUGAAGAGCUCCUGAGCAUAUAUGGCUAUGGUGGCCAAGCUGGGCAGGAGGAUGAGGAGGAAGAGGAGGAGGAGGACGAUGGGGAAAUGGAGGACGAAGAGUCCAUGGAGGAGACAGAAAGUGAUGCCAGAAAAAAGUCCAAGGAUGAGCCGGUGAAAGACCCCUUUGGGCCGGAGGAGGAUGGCCAGUCAUCAGGUGAAGAGAGGCCUUCACGGAGACGCACGGCAGAACUUAUGCGACCAAGACCAAGCAAUUACUUUGAAGGCAACGAUGGUGAAGAUGAGUCUGAUGAAGAUGAGGACUACAUUCCUUCAGAGGACUGGAAGAAGGAUAUCAUGGUUGGAUCCAUGUACCAGGCGGACACGCCAGCAGGACUCUGCAAAUACAAAGAAAACGAAAAAGUGUAUGAGAAUGAUGAUCAGCUGUUGUGGAACCCAGAGGAGAUUCCUGAGAAUGAAGUGGUGGAGUUUCUGUCUGAGGCUUCCAAGCGCACAGGACUGGAGACUGGAGUGGAUGCAAUCCCAGAGGGCUGCCAUAUCAAAGAUAACGAGCAAGCUCUUUAUGAGUUAGUGAAGUGUAACUUUAACAGAGAGGAGGCCUUAAGAAGACUGAGAUUCAAUGUGAAAGUGGCUCGAGAGGAAAUUUCAGUAUGGACGGAGGAUGAAUGUCGAGGUUUUGAGCAGGGACUCAAAGUAUAUGGAAAGGAUUUUCAUUCAAUACAGGCCAGCAAGGUGAGAACUAGAUCAGUAGGAGAAUGUGUGGCCUUUUAUUACAUGUGGAAGAAGUCUGAGCGUUAUGAUUUCUUUGCACAGCAAACCAGGCUUGGGAAAAGGAAAUACAGCCUUCACCCCGGCAUCACAGAUUAUAUGGAUCGUCUGCUGGAUGAGACUGAGAGUGCUCCGUCCAGUCAUGCCCCCUCUCCUCCCCCCACCACCUCCAACAGCAGCACCAGCCAAUCAGAGAAGGAGGACACCAGCACUCAUAACGGUGUAGGUAGCCACCCUGCUGUAGAAACCAUCUCCACUUCAGAUGAUGCUAGUCACACUGGCGCAGAAACCACUUCAAAUGAUGCCACCCACAUCACUGCAGAAACCAUCUCUGAUUCAAACGCUGGUAGUCACGCUGUUGCAGAAACCAUCUCCACCUCAAAGGAUGGUUGUCACACAUCUGUUGAAACCAUCUCCAGUUCAGAUGACGUAGCACAGGCCAAUGGGGUGAGCACCUCUUCCCAUGAGCCCCUGGGCCUGGCCACAACUGACCAGGAAAUGCAGAACCACACCAGCCCCGAUAACAGCAGCCAUAUGUCACAUGUCGUCGACAUAGCUCCCACCAAAGACGAGGAGGAAGAGGAGGAGAAAGAGAAUGAGAAGGAGGAAGUCAAGGAGGAGAGGGCCAAGGAAGUGUUUGAGGGGCCUUUGAAAGAAGUGCCAGCCGCUGCCCUCUGACCCUUCUGUUCAGGAUUGGACUAAUAAAAUAGCAAGGCCGAGGCCGUCUGCAACAAACUGUAGUCUAAAGCACCAGAGAAGCCGUGGAGCUGGCUCUCGCUGUGCUAUCCCAAAGCUUUUCAUAUCAAACCCUCAACCAGCAGCACAAGUCCUGUGUCCACACAGAGGGGAUUCAUUAUUACAUUAUAAUGUCUCUUUUAUUUUUUCAUUUGUAUAGAGGAGAAAAAAGUCCUUAUUUUUCUAUUUUUGAUAAGUUAUAUUUUUAUGUGACUAGUUUUGACCAAUUACUUGACUGUGUGUCUGUGUGCGUGCGGGCGUACAUGAGUGAGUGCGUGUGUGCGUGUGUGAGUGUGUGCAUAUUGGAGGAGUGCAUAUAACAAGUAUGUUGGAACAUUUGGAGGUAAUUUAAUCCUGUCCUGUGGGCAUGCUGGAGCUGCAUAUGGCACUAUAUAUUGCACUUUGUCUUGGUGGGCUUUCCCCCCCUCCAUGUCAGAUAUUGUUGCAUUGUUGUGUGCAGUGACUUUGGUUAAGCAAGAUAUACAUAGUUUGUAAUGUACAGAAAUAAUCCAAACGGGUUUUUUGUGUGGUUGGUUUGUUCAUGCCUUCGGCAUCAGUGAUGUCUAGUUUUGUUAUCUCUUCUAAGGCUUUUUUCGUGUCAAAGCCAUGUUCUGAUUUCUUUUUGGUUCUUUUUCAUAUCUUCUUUGGCAUGUUGGUGGAGCUGCUGCCAGUUAUAUAUGUACUGUAUGUAUUUUUUGUAGAGCUUUUAUAUGACAUAAAAAACAAGAAGGACAUUCUAAGUUACAGUCUUGCUACUGCCAUUCAAUUUCUCUUGUGUUUGCAAAUGUAUUGGGUUUAAUAAAUACCUCCUGCAUUCCA